UAUUAACAACAUGUACUUACAGAAGCUGACAGGAUACAUGAAGAAGAUGAGCGGAAACGUGGAGGUUAUGACUGACUAGUCUAAGGUAACACACAUGUUGGUGAGGAAGUACUACUACAGUAUUAACAACAACGUACUUUUUUUUAAAAUCAGAUAUAUUUUUAUUGAAUUUUGACAAAGUAAAAAACAAAUACACACAAUGUUUGCUGGUAGUUUAGGCAUAGAACGCGAGAGAGAGAAAACAAAAACAGCAAAAUAACAAACAAAAAACCCCAACACAAAAAACAUCCACAAAGUAAGCCACACACAGCCCAAAGAGACAGAGGUCCGAGUUUGGUAGGACUACCAAAUGCAAAACAACCAAAGCAAAUGCACAAGUGAAUUGAACAACAGAAGACAGCAAAUAGGCCAGAGAGGGAAAGCUAUUGGGGAGCUCAGGUAAAUUUAAAGUUGUGGAAAUAUACUAAGAAAGGUCCCCAGACAUUUUGGAAUUUUUCUUUGGCAUUACAAAUUGAGUAAUGAAUUUUCUCCAGAUUUAAACAAGACAUGACAUCUCUCAGCCACUGAGCGUGGAUGGGCGGAGCAGCAUCCUUCCACCUUAACAGAAUUGCCCGUCUGGCCAAGAGGGAGGCAAAGGACAGACUUCGUUGUCGUGUGGGAGUCAAACGCGAGUCGGGUUCACCUGUGGUGCCAAACAGUGCUAUUGAAGGGUUGGGUUGCAAGGGUAAAUUGCUAAUCACAGAAAGUGUCUGGAAAAACUUCCCUCCAAUACUUCUCCAGACUAGGACAAGACCAGAACAUAAGUGUGGCAUCCUCCCUCUUACACUUGUCACAACAGGGAUCCACCUCUGGAUAUAUACGGGCUAGUUUGGAUUUUGACAUAUGAGUCCUGUGUACAGCUUUAAAUUGUAGCAAGCUAUGGCGGGCACAAAUAGAGGUUGAAUUGAUCGUUUUAAAGAUUACAUGCCACAUGUCACCUGUCAAAGACAUAUUUAGGUCUUGCUCCCAUGCUGUUUUAAUGUUAGUAAGAGAGGUCUGUCUUAUGUCCAACAGUUUAACAUAAACAGUAGAAAUUAACCCCUUACGUGAUGGUUGCAAGUCCAGAAGUGCAUCAACAAUGUUCGUACCAGGAAUCUCAGGGAAAUUUGGUAAUCGACUGUAAACAUAGUGCCUAACCUGGAAGUACUGAAAGAGAUGGGACUUUGGAAGAUUAUAUUGUUCCGUUAAUUGCUGGAAUGACAUGAACGUAUUAUCGAUAAACAGGUCUCGGAGACACAAUAUGCCUUGUCUACGCUACUCCCGGAACCCCAGAUCCAGCAAGGAAGGUUGGAAAAGAUGAUUGUCUGAAAUGGGGCUAAAAAGGCAGAGAUCUACAAAACCAAAAUGUCUCCUAAACUGGGCCCACACCCUCAACGUAUGCCAGACCACCGGAUUAUCAAUACGUUUGCUUGACGGGAAAGGGAGUGCAGAUCCAAGUAACGCUAGAAUAGAAACAUUUUUAGCCACAUUCAACUCCAUCUCCACCCAUAUAGGCCGGUCUGGACGGUACUGAUAGUAUGACCAGAAUACGACCCAUCGAAUAUUGGCUGCCCAAUAAUAACAGCGAAAGUUAGGCAGCGCCAUCCCACCCUCAUGCUUAGAUUUUUGUAGAUGGAUUUUAUUCAACCUAGGACGCUUGCCCUUCCAAAUAUAGGAAGAUAUGACCGAGUCCAAAGUAUCAAAAAAAGACUUUGGGAUGAAGAUUGGGAUGGAUUGAAAAAAAUACAGAAAUUUGGGAAGAAUGGUCAUUUUAAUGGAGUUGAUUCGACCGGCCAAAGUAGUGGAAAGUGGCGACCACUGCGUCAGACACUGCCUCGUGUGGUUUAAUAGACUCAAAAAAUUUUCUUUGAAAAGACUCUUAUGUUUUUUCGUAACUGUAAUGCCCAAAUAAGUAAAUUUAUUUUCCACAAUCUUAAAAGGAAACGAUGCGUACACUGAUGCCGGCGCCCCCUCAUUGACAGGUUUUCAGAUUUAUUCAGAUUAUAUCCUGAGAACUGACCGAAAUUCUUCAGAAGCAGCAGCAAAGCGGGUAAAGAGGUGUCCGGAUGCGAAAUAAAGCUUAAUAAGUCAUCUGCAUAUAGCGCCACCUUGUGCUGUACUCCAUUCCUCCAAAUGCCAGAUAUGUUGUCACAGGUGCAAAUUGCUAUGGCAAGGGGUUCUAUGGCCAAAUCAAACAAUAAGGGACUUAAAGGACACCCUUGUCUAGUUCCCCGGUAAAGAUUAAAUGGUUGUGACACCUGAGAAUUAGUGAGGACGGAAGCAGUGGGACAUAAGUAGAGUAAUUUUAUCCAGGUAAUGAAAUUUGCACCAAAGCCGAAUUUGUGUAAGACCGCAAAUAAGUAUGGCCACUCUAUACGGUCAAAGGCCUUCUCUGCGUCUAAAGAUAGCACACACUCCAUGGACCCAUCAGAGGGGAGGUACAAGAUGUCAAACAACCGGCGCAUAUUGAAAUUAGAAUAUCGAUUUUUUUACAAAGCCCGUUUCGUCAUCUGAUAUAACCAGGGGUAGAAUGUCCUCCAAUCUUUUGGCCAGUAUCUUGGCUAGAAUUUUAGCAUCCACGUUUAGUAAUGAAAUUGGCCUAUAUGAGGAGCACUCUGUAGGGUCCUUGUCUUUUUUCCCAAUAAGGGUGAUACAUGCUUCAUAAAAUGAAGCUGGAAAGGUACCGCGCCUGAAUGAGUCGGACAGCACAGUGCUCAACUGUACGGAGAGAGAUUGGGAAAAAGCCUUAAAAAAUUCUGCAGGAAAACCAUCGGGACCUGGAGACUUCCCAGACUGGAGUGAGGAAAUAGCUUGUGCAAUCUCCUCCUUUGUUAUUGGUCUGUCAAGUCUACUUUUACUAUCGAAAGGAAUCUUGGAGAUGUCUAAUUGGUUCAAAAAGACGUUCAUGAGUGCCGAGUUAUUUGAUUCAGAGGCAUAAAGCUGAGAAAAAUAAUUUCUGAAUGUUUGAUUUAUUCUUUCAUGAUCUGAAGUAAAAUUACCAUCCUCCAUUUUGAUCUUUACAAUGUGUCCCUUAACUUUAGCACCUCUCAACUGGUUUGCCAAUAGCUUCCCUGCUUUCUCACCAUGAACAUAAAACAGAGUCUUACUUGCAGAAAGUUGACGCUCAGCGAUGUAAAUUGAAGCCAGAUUAAAUUGAGUUUGGAGUUCUACACGCCUUUUGUAUAAAUCGGGAUUCGUAGAUUGAGAAUACUGAUGAUCCAAUUUCUUAAUCUUAUCUGCCAAUUCUAGUCGCUCUUGGUGGGCCUCCUUUUUCAUUUUAACAGAGUAAGAGAUAAUUUGACCCCUUAUAUAAGCCUUAAAGAUAGAUAUACUAAGAUAGAUAUAUCUGGGGAGGAAUUUGUCUGGAAAAAAAACAAUAUUUGCUCUUUGAUAAAUUUCACAAAAUCGCUCUCAGAAAGAAGAGUUGAAUUGAAGCGCCAGUGCUUGUUAAUCCGAGGGCGAUUUGGGAGAGCAAGGGAGAGUACAACUGGGGCAUGAUCUGAUAUCACUAUACCCUGGUAGGUACAUGAGCGAACACAUUGCAAAAGAUCAUUAUCAAGGAAGAAAUAGUCAAUCCUGGCGAAGGUAUGGUGAACGUGAGAGAAGAAUGAAUACUCCCUUUUGUUUGGGUGGAGGAGACGCCAGACAUCAGAGACACCGGAGUUUGAUAAAAAGGACUGAAUAUAUGAGGCCGAUCUACUGUUUGAAACCGGGUUAGGAGAAGAACGAUCCAGCACUGGAUCCAAAAAACAAUUAAAAUCCCCACCUAGUAUGAGAGCGUGUGAGCCCAGGUUCGGAAGAAAGGAAAAAAAACGUUCAGAAAAAUUCACGUCAUCCACAUUCGGAGCAUAAACAUUGGCUAGCACUAACAUUUUGUUAUAAACCUUCCCUGAGACGAUAACGAAACGACCAUUCACAUCUGAUAUAACAUUGUGAUGCACAAAAGGAAUGUUUUGGUCGACAAGGAUUGAGACCCCCCUGGCCUUUGCUUGAAAUGAAGAAUGAAAAUGUUGGCCCCUCCACUGUGCCAUUAAACGUGAACUGUCAGAACCACGAAUAUGAGUCUCCUGCAAAAACACAAAUGCUGCUUUAAGUUGCUUUAUAUGUGCAAAUACCCUCCUCCUUUUAACGGGCUGAUUUAAACCCUUGACGUUCCAGCUAACAAAAUUUUGUGAACUAUCCAUUGUCAAUCAAAGGUGCAAGGUGGUUAGUAUAAAAAGUGCAAUACUUGGAACAUACAAGGUGAAUUAAAACAAAAACUGGCUGUGUGUGGCAUAUGCAAGUUAACCUCUUCAAAGUAAAACAAAAAUCCCACCCCACCUCCCCCAACACGGCUGCCCAAAAACAAAGCAGCAAGCUCUUCAAAACAACCAUACUUAUUCCAAUACAAUCUUCCUGUCACUCACGAAUCUUCAGCUCCUCUGUAAAUUAUUAAACAGCACUCAACACUCCUAGGAGCCGAGCCCCUGAAAACCGUCUUGUGUACCUAUACAAUUGUAGCUGCAUGUAAACAAGGUAAUACUGGGACUUGAGGUAGCAGCUUCCAACGUGAAACAAGGCACUAAGAUGUUUCCUUCAUAACCAAGUGCAAAAAGAAAAAUUCCCUGAAUCAAAAUAGUGGGACAUACUCACAUUACAGUGACAUCAAGUAUAGCAAGAGGUAAGAAAAAAUAUGUACUGUGAGUAGCCCGGUAACGGUUACGUCGCUACCAAUCACACGUAGGGCACCGUCCACAAAAAAGUACAUUUUAAGAUGACUUAGGAAGUCCAUCAAGGUAUUUCUGCGCCUCGUUAACCGAAGGUAGCCACUUUUUGUCUCCGCCGGGAAGUGUAAUACGGAGCCGUGCAGGAUACAGAAGCGAUGGUCUGAGGCCUCUGUUGUAGAGCUCCACCAUAACAUCCCUAUACUCGGCUCGCUGGCCCAGAACUUCAGGACAGUAAUCCUCCACCACACGAAUUUGCUGGCCACGGUACUCGAGCUUCCCUCUGCGUCGUGCCUCACGGACCAAAAGGUCCUUGGUUUGGUAGCGGUGUAGACGAAUGAUCACAGGUCGCGGCCUCUGACCCUGGGCCGGCUUAGCCAUUAGCGACCGGUGGGCUCUGUCGAUCUCCGGCGAAGACGGUAGAGUCUCCCCUCCAAAGACCUCGACCAGCAAGUCAGCGAAAAAAGUUGUAGGUCGACCACCUUCCACAGACUCUGGUAAGCCCAAGAUUCGAAUAUUUUGUCUUCUACUUCGGCCUUCGAGGUCUACGACUUUAGCCGAGAGCUUAGCAUUGCUCUCCUGCAGGCCGGAGCAAAUAUUUUCCAAUUCCCACACACGCUGGCUCAGGUCGUCUGCUGCCAGCUCAAGGGAGGACAGCCGCUGCCCAUGUUCACUCACUGUGGCACAAACUUGGUCAAAUUUGUUUUCCAGCUGAUUAAACGAUUCUUUAAAAUCUCCUGCUAGCGUCUGUGACGGUCAAGUAGCUCGGAGAUCGCUUCCAUCGUCAGGCCAGUAGGCAAGUCUUUUUUUGCCGCUAGUUUGCCCCGCUGUGAUGCCAUUUGAAACAAGCCCGGGUAAAUUAGAUGUAAACUCUCCAAAAGAGAGCAAAAAAAACCGUCAGAAUGAGGGGUGAAGGAGUGAAAAUGAUAAGAUAGAAGCGGAGCUCUCGCUCUUGCGUCUACUCCAUGCGACCGUCGACCGGAAGUCCUACAACAACAUGUACUUACAGAAGCAGACAGGACACAUGAAGAAGAUGACCGGCAAGGUGGAGGACAUGACAGGACAGAUGAAGUGGAUGACUCAGGAUGUUAUUGAGGAUCUUGUGAUGGCAGCAGGCCGUUGCCCUCUGCCGUGGGUUUCCCAUGAGAGAGGAUGUUACCUGUUAGUUCACCAGAAGAAGACCUGGAGUGAAGCUAAGGAGUAUUGCAGAGGCAAGGGUAGACACUUGGCCUCAGUUCACACCAGAGCCACAUCUGACUUCUUCUAUAGAUUGGCUAGUGGACACGAUACUUGGGUUGGGGGCUACAAAGAGGAUCGUUGGUGGAAAUGGGAUGAUGGUUCCACGUAUAAUGUGUGGGAGGAUGGAAAGGGGGGCAGCAAGUAUGCCAGAUGGGGAGCAGGUGAGCCCGAUAACCUGAGUGGUGACGAAGAUUGUAUGGAGAUAUGGAGUCCAGGCGGACUCAAUGAUCAGAUAUGCUAUUGUAUGCGCCCAUUUAUUUGUCAGCUGUGAUGGGAUGGUCUCUGCUGUGUGACGGCUGCUCCUUCAAAGACGUCGGUGCUGAAAGAUCACCACUCUGCCUUCAAUUCAGUUGCUUUCAUGAAUCCUGAUCAUAAUCAGCCUGCACAUGAUCCCAAACAACCUGCGAGACGCCAAUUGGCAAACUAGAGCUCGUCCUAUUUGCAGUUGAGGAGCAAACACAAGCCAUCACACAAAAUAUCACUCCCAUUUUUAGUCAGCAUUUUGGAGCAGCAGCUGUGUUAGCAUUGAAUCACUUAUUGAAAUUGGCUCAUCUUCUACAUUUCCUAGCAGCUAAAAUGAUGCACACAGCAAAUAACAAGCUGCUACCUGACAAGACGGGAUGAAUAGAAACACACCUAAAACACAACAUCAGUCAUAAAUAGAAACACACCUAAAACACAACAUCAUCAGUCAAAUAAAAACACACCUAAAACACAAAAUCAUCAGUCAUAGAAACACACCUAAAACACAACAUCAUCAGUCAAAUAAAAACACACCUAAAACACAAAAUCAUCAGUCAUAGAAACACACCUAAAACACAACAUCAUCAGUCAUAAAUAGAAACACACCUAAAACACAACAUCGUCAGUCAUAAAUAGAAACACUCCUAAAACACAUCAUCAGUCAUAAAUAAAAACACACCUAAAACACAACAUCAUCAGUCAUAAAUAGAAACACACCUAAAACACAACAUCAGUCAUAAAUAGAAACACACCUAAAACACAUCAGUCAUAAAUAGAAACACACCUAAAACACAACAUCAUCAGUCAUACAGGGAAACACACCUAAAACACAUCAGUCAUAAAUAGAAACACACCUAAAACACAUCAUCAGUCAUAAAUAGAAACACACCUAAAACACAACAUGAUCAGUCAUAAAUAGAAACACACCUAAAACACAACAUCAUCAGUCAUAAAUAGAAACACACCUAAAACAUAACAUCAGUCAUAAAUAGAAACACAAAUAGAAACACACCUAAAACACAACAUCAGUCAUAAAUAGAAACACACCUAAAACACAACAUCAUCAGUCAUAAAUAGAAACACACCUAAAACACAUCAGUCGUAAAUAGAAACACACCUAAAACACACCAGUCGUAAAUAGAAACACACCUAAAACACAACAUCAUCAGUCAUAAAUAGAAACACACCUAAAACACAACAUCAUCAGUCAUAAAUAGAAACACACCUAAAACACAACAUCAUCAGUCAUAAAUAGAAACACACAUAAAACACAACAUCAUCAGUCAUAAAUAGAAACACACCUAAAACACAACAUCAGUCAUAAAUAGAAACACACCUAAAACACAACAUCAGUCGUAAAUAGAAACACACCUAAAACACAUCAGUCGUAAAUAGAAACACACCUAAAACACAACAUCAGUCGUAAAUAGAAACACACCUAAAACACAACAUCAGUCGUAAAUAGAAACACACCUAAAACACAACAUCAGUCGUAAAUAGAAACACACCUAAAACACAUCAUCAGUCAUAAAUAGAAACACACCUAAAACACAACAUCAUCAGUCGUAAAUAGAAACACACCUAAAACACAACAUCAUCAGUCAUAAAUAGAAACACACCUAAAACACAACAUCAUCAGUCAUAAAUAGAAACACACCUAAAACACAACAUCAUCAGUCAUAAAUAGAAACACACCUAAAACACAUCAGUCGUAAAUAGAAACACACCUAAAACACAUCAUCAGUCGUAAAUAGAAACACACCUAAAACACAACAUCAUCAGUCGUAAAUAGAAACACACCUAAAACACAACAUCAUCAGUCGUAAAUAGAAACACACCUAAAACACAACAUCAUCAGUCGUAAAUAGAAACACACCUAAAACACAACAUCAUCAGUCAUAAAUAGAAACACACCUAAAACACAUCAUCAGUCGUAAAUAGAAACACACCUAAAACACAUCAGUCGUAAAU